CUCACAGACAUACAGAGACACAGCCAGCUGAAGAAGAGGACACACCACACAAUGGGAAUUAGAAUCGGCCCUUAGAAGCAGGCAGAUCAAUUCAAGCAAUGGUCGGAGGGAUGCGUGAUCAAAACUUAAAAGAAACAACUAAGAAAAUCCAGUAAGAACAAAGCUAAAACAAACAACAACAAGUUAACCUUUCAACUAAAUUAACUAAAAGUAAUCAAUACAAAAACCCAAAAACAAAACAAAACCAAAAAUACCCCCAAGGUGGUAAUUGCAAUUUUAAAAAACAAACAAAAAAAGACUUAGACUAAUGAUAAAACAUUUUCGAUUUCGGCUAAACGAAACUAAAGUUUAAAAUAAAACAAAAAACACGAGUGUGUUAGGCUAAUCACAACACACUCAAGUUUUGGACAAGAGAAUUAGGUUAAGGCAGACAAAAGAGAGAGAUAAAGAGAGAGAAAGAGAGCGAUAAGUGCUCUCACCAAAAAAGUUGUUUAUUGUUGUAGGCUUAGAGUGCAGCAAAGUUAGCGGUGUUCAUUUUUAAGGCUUUUAGUGAUACAACCAAAAAGACGCACACACACACACACUUUUACUUUUACACACAAAGAGACACACACAUCCAAACACACACACACCCAUCACACCAAACAAAUACACACUUUGACAAUGAAGAAGAGCUCUACGUUAACGACGACGACGUCGAUGCCGACAAGUCCAACGCUUUCGGCACAGACGCUCUCCGCCAGCAAGAUGAGCUUGAGCAGCAGCAGAUCGGGAGCAGCCUCAGCCACAGGAUCGAUGCGCUCUUCCUGCCACUCCUCGCAUGGUCCUGUCCGACCGGGCAGCGGAUGCGUCGAUGCCAUCAAGGCGAAGCGCGAAGAGAUCGAGAUCGAUACCAUACUCGAGAAGGCAAAGUUCUACACCUCCGUGUGCCUUGGUACGACUGCCAUACUGUCAGUGUUCACAUUCCUUUUCCUGAUACCUUUUGUCGUGGAUCCCGCCAUCUCAACGAUCAUUGCCGACUAUGAUCCGGUGCCGGUGACUUGCGUCGUCAUAGAUCACAUCUAUGCCGAAGGCAUCAAGAACUGCAGCUGGAGCUCUUGUCGCGAGGGCUGCACCUCAUCACUCACAAAGUGCCAUCAGUUGUUUGUCAACUACACGCGCAUCCCGUUCAGCGAAUGGGAGCGCAAUCCAAGAGACUUGGAGCGCGUCAACUGGGAUGUCAGCUACACAAAGUUUCUCAUCAACUCCGAGGGCUGCGGCUAUCCGCCCACGACCAAUUGCAGCGUCUUUGCCAGACAAUAUGGCUUUUCACAUAUUGGCGAGCCAUUCCCCUGCUACUACAGUCGCGCCUAUCCGGAGGUGGUCAUCGGUCGCUACUCGUGGGAGAACAAUCUGUACCAUCUGGUGCUAUCGCUGAUCAUACCCAAUGUGCUCUUUGCCAUCUCGAUUGGGGUGCUCAGCUAUUGGUAUUGCCCCUGCUGCGAAAAGGCGUGCAACAAAUCGUCGCGCGUCUAUGCUGAAAAGUUUCCAACCAAGGAAGAGAUCGUUAACUGCAUGAAAUGUAAUACGGAAAAGUCGUUAUCCCUGAAUGUAUUUUGAAUUGUAUUGAAGCGACAGUGCCUGCAAAUUAUGCAUAUACUAUAUAAUACAGAAAGAUAUUCCUUAGCAUAGGUAUUCGAUGGGAUUACCAAGCUCUCUUCUUCUUCUUCUUCGACAUUAAUUAUUAAAGUCACAAUCAAAAAAUCGCUUAGUACUAAGUACAAAUCUUUAUCUUGAGCACUUUUCACCACACUCUCCCAAAUAUACAUAUAUAUUUGCCCGUUACUCUUGAAGUGUCCUUAGCAAACAAAAUAAAAAAUAAAAAAAAACAUAAAAUGUCGUAAGCGAAAUUUCACGCCUUUAACCGAUUUCAGCUUAAAGCUGCCAUAUCGAUUAGAUUAAUCUAGUUAGAGCACAAGUCGGGAUCGAAUAUGACGAAACCCAUUUUUGAAAUGUCCAAACAGACUUUUCAACAAGCACAAUCUGAUAUUAAUUAAUGCAUUCAAGAUUUGAUAAGCAACUAUUUUAAAGAUUAUUAACCUUACAAAACUUUAAUCUCUCUUUGGUGUAUAUAACAUACUAAAUAUAUACAACAUAUGAAAUUGUGCACUUGUCUGUGGGAUAAAACUACUCGUAUAUAAUUUUCACAUCACCAUCGCUCAGUUCAUUUUGUAGUUAAACCUAUUCUCAUCAACAAAGUUGCAAACUACAAAAAAACAUAAAAUAAAAUAAAAAUUCAAAAAUUAGAGUUUGCAGCCUUGAUAUGUUAUAUACUAUAGAUUGAUUUAAUUAUCGAAAAUAUCUAGCAUGAUUCCGAGUUAUAUAGCUUUGAGUUUUGCAUGUUUUAGUUUAUAGAUAAUGUAUACAACAUGAAUAUGUAUUACUACUACUUUUGCUUUUAGCCACGUUUAGAACAAUACCAAAUAAAAUAUGGCAUGUAUUUGUAUAUAAAACAUAUUCAAUAUAUUGUAUUACUUAAUGCUGCUUUCCUGUACUCGAUUAGUAAAGAUUCAAGAACUCUUUGUUCCAAUAUCAAUUCUUUUAGCAAACUUCUGUGUCACAGUGACGAAGAUGAUGAAAUGGAAUACUAGCAAAAACAAAUUAGUUAAACGCUCUUUAUAACAAAUAGCAAUUUACUACUGUAGUCUGUACCAAAUACACACACACCCACACUCACACAAUCACACCAAAGUAUACACAACAUAGCUUAAUAAUACUUAAUAAUAAUAUUUAAAAGCCAUCUGCCAUUACUAUAUAGGACAUUGUACUUAUAGCGGAGCAUUGAGAUUGACCAUUUUCCAAUCAAACGUAUACAACAAAUUUGUUACAACUAAUUCUAAUUAUUAUUAUUCUGAUUAUUAUUAUUACUUAUGACAUCAUUGAGAUUUUUGCUAUCCAUAUUAUUAUGCUACUAUACUUACUAUAAAUAUAUAGAACUACAUACAUAGAACUUGAGUUACCACGUAAAAAGCUUUUGUUCUUUAUGACUUUUGCUCGCUUUUAACAAUAAUACAAUACAAAUAAAAAAACAAAAAUGAGACACGAUUCGACUCGAUUCGA